CAUUUAGGCUGUGACGGUUCCCAGCAAGUUUCUUUAUUCCGUUGGCCAUGUUAGAGGAAACUUCAAGCAGCGCCGGGGCAUCCGUCGGAGUGUCGUCGGAAGAUGUAUUCCGGCUUCCAACCGCCAUGAUUCCCGGCGACUCUACUUCCCCCUCCUCCUCCUCCUCCGUCCCCGACGUCACUCAGACAUUACAUUUCUCUUCUGGAAACCCUAGAAUUGAAGAGACCAGAGGUGUCAUGCGCCUCUUUCGCGACGACUUCGUAUCUCCGUCUUCUCGACUACCUGUUGGAAGGAAAGCUCUAGUUUGUGUCCUAGGAGUGCCAAACCACAUGACAUAUGCAGAUUUCUGUCAGUUUUGUGGUUCAUUCAUUCAGCAUAUGUUGGAAAUGCGAAUUGUCAGGAAUGAUGGGGUGGAGGAUAAGUACAGCAUUUUGAUAAGGUUUGAUGAUCAGAGCUCAACCGAUGCUUUCUACACUCAUUUCAAUGGGAGACGUUUUUCCUCCCUUGAGGUGGAUGCUUGCCAUGUACUUUACACAGUUGAUGUGCAGUACACGGGCUCAAUUGAACAUGCACAAACUUCCCCUAUAAGCUCUACAGAGCAGCCCACAUGUCCGGUCUGUCUUGAGAAGCUGGAUCAAGACAUGAGUGGAAUUCUCACAACCAUCUGCAAUCAUUCUUUUCACUGCUCUUGUAUUUCUAAGUGGACGGAUUCUUCUUGUCCAGUAUGCCGAUAUUGCCAGCAGCAACCUGAAAAGUCAAUUUGUUUUGUUUGUCAAACUUCAGAGAAUCUCUGGAUUUGUGUUAUUUGUGGUUUUGUUGGUUGUGGAAGGUAUAAAGAAGGACAUGCUAUAAGGCACUGGAAAGAUACACAGCACUGCUACUCCCUUGAAUUGGAAACACGAAGAGUGUGGGAUUAUGCUGGAGACAAUUAUGUUCACCGUUUGAUUCAAUCUAAAACAGAUGGGAAGUUGGUUGAGUUGAACCACUAUUGUACUGAUGCUGAUGAUAGCUGUGGUAAUUGCUGCACUACAGAUCCUGGAUAUAAUGAGGCUCUCUUGAACAGUAAAGUUGAAACUAUUGUUAAUGAGUACAAUGACCUUCUGACAAGCCAACUUGAGAACCAAAAGAUAUAUUUUGAGUCCUUACUGAGAGGAGUUGAAGAAGAAACUGAAAGGGAAAUAUCUGAAGCUGUUAAGAAGGCUGUGAGUGGCAAUCAGAAACUUCAGAAGAUGCAAGCCAAGUUGGAUAAAUGUGUUAAAGAGAAGAAGUUUCUUGAUGAGAUCAAUGAAAAUCUCCUGAAAAACCAGGAGAUAUGGAAAGUACAGAUGGUGGAAAUUGAAACAAGGGAGAAGAAGGCUAUAAAGCUCAAGGAUGAUAAAAUACGAGAACUGGAGGAGCAGCUUAGCAAUUUGAUGGCAUCCCUUGAAUUCAAAGCAGGGAACGGGGAAGGAGAGCCACCGGAAUCAGGGGAAACCAAGGAAAGGGAUGUAUCCCCAGUUCGCGUGGAGUCCUCGCAAAGCAGCAGCACUGCAGAAGCUGCCUCGAGGUAAUAGUGCUCCAAAAAGGUAGGAAAGGGUGCAUUAUUCUGGUUCCUGCUCAACUCAACAAAAGGAUCAAGUAAGAUGGCCUGUAUGUGAAUCGGAUUAGAGAAAAAGGUUACCCUAACCCCAUUGAUUGGUUUUAGGUUUUAGUGAUGGCUAACAUGGUAAGAUUGGCAUUGCCUUCAUUUGUUGUAAAGCAAAAGAACCAUGGCCUCCUCCCUUGUGUGAAAGAGGAUUUUAAGUUUUUGUUGCCAUCCUUUAAAGGCCUAGAUAUAGUCUUCCAGUAUACGAAAAUUUGUGAAUAAAGAGGAGAUGGGUUUGAAGCUAGAUCGGAGAUGAAAUGAGUAUUGGACCAUGAGGUCAAUUUUUGAGUAUUUGGAGGGCUUAACCCCCAACCCCUAGUUCUCACAAUUAAUAAGAAAUAGUUUCUAACUCUUUA